UCCCUCUCUGUGAUGUUGUAAUGGAUUAAGCCAGCCAAAAAAUGGCGGUUUCUUUCUCUCUUUACCUCAACCAAACACUCCCUAACGCCCAGCCCACCUCAAACGCAAAACCCAUUUCUUCCUCUCGCCUCCAAAAUCCUAAAGCCCUUUUGAACCAAUGCAAAACCAUUAGAGACCUGCAACAAGUCCACACCACCAUCAUCAAAACCCACAGCCAUGAUCCCCCUCUCUUUGAAAACUUCCUGGAGCUCUGCUCGUUCUCUCUCAACAAUGGCUUUCCCUACGCCCAACUGGUUUUCAGUCGAGCUGAGAACCUCCGUGCUUCCUCCUAUAACAUCAUGAUUCGCGCUUAUACUUCAAGGCGUGCCCCAAGAGAAGCUCUCUCUGUCUUCAAAGAGAUGUGUGAGAAAGAUAUCCAACCAGAUGAAUACACUUUUCCAUGCAUCCUCAAGGCCUGCUCUCAAGCCUGUGCUUUGAGAGAAGGCAUGGCAGUCCAUGCCCAAAUCUUAAAGAAUGGCGAAAGUUCGAAUGCCUUUGUUCGAAACACGCUGGUCCAUAUGUAUGGCAAGUGCGGAGAUCUCACUGUCGCUCGAAAGCUGUUUGAUGAAAUGACUGACAGGAGUAUAAUUGCUUGGAAUUCGAUGUUUGCUGUCUAUUCGAAGAGUGGGAAAUCCAAAGAGGUGGUGAGAUUGUUUCAGAGCAUGAGAGAAGAUCGUGUGAGGCCCGAUGAGGUGACCAUGAUUUGUGUUCUUACUGCUUGUGGCAGGUUGGGUGCCCUUGAAUUGGGCAAAUGGAUUCAUGGUUAUCUUAUGGAAAAUGGGUUUUUGCUAUCUCGCAAUUUGAUGACUGCAAUUGUUGACAUGUAUGCAAAAUGUGGUCUCUUGGAUAUUGCUAGAAAUGUUUUUGAUGAAAUGCCUAAAAAAGAUGUUGUAGCUUGGAGUGCAAUGAUCUCUGGUUAUAACCAGGCUAGUCGUUGUAAAGAGGCACUGGCUUUGUUUAGAGAAAUGCAAGUUACGGAGGUUCAGCCUAAUGAAGUCACCAUGGUUAGUGUUCUCUCUUCUUGUGCAGUUCUUGGAGCUCUUGAAGCUGGAAAAUGGGUCCAUUACUAUGUAGACAAGAAGAAACUUAAGAUGACAGUCACUCUUGGAACUGCAUUAGUAGACUUUUAUGCAAAGUGCGGUUCUAUCGAUAAGGCAAUGGAAGUUUUCAAUGAAAUGCCGGAGCGUAAUGUCUUGUCUUGGACUGUGAUGAUACAAGGUCUUGCAAGUAAUGGGCAAGGGACACGAGCUCUUGCACUCUUUUCUCAAAUGAUCGAUGAGAAAAUCGAGCCUAAUGAUGUUACCUUUAUUGGGGUCCUCUCAGCUUGUAGCCAUGCAGGGUUGGUGGAAGAGGGCAGGAGAUACUUCAAUGCCAUGACUGUUGAAUAUGGAAUUAUGCCUGUAAUUGAUCAUUAUGGAUGCAUGGUUGAUAUCCUUGCACGAGCAGGACUGAUCGAUGAGGCGCACCAGUUUAUCAAGUGCAUGCCCAUUGAGCCUAAUGCUAUAAUUUGGAGGACUUUGCUUGCUAGUUGCAGAGUUCAUGGCAAUGUGGAAAUAGCUGAGGACUCUCUACGACGGCUUAAUAGAAUAGACCCCGACCAUAGUGGAGAUUACAUACUCUUGUCAAAUGUAUAUGCAUCGGUAGGGAGAUGGGAGGAUGCAUUAAGAGUGAGGUCAGAGAUGAAGAAGAGGGGGAUUAAGAAGACUCCUGGGUGUACCUUAAUUGAGGUGGAUGGUGUGAUUCAUGAGUUCUUUGCGGAGGAUUCCUCACACCCAUUGGCUAAGGAUAUUUAUGCCAAAGUAGGAGAUAUGAUUGAGAAAAUCAAAUUAGUGGGUUAUGUACCAAACACUGCAGAGGCUAGACUUGAUGCCGAUGAGGAGGAGAAGGAAGUUUCAGUCUCUCAUCAUAGUGAGAAGCUGGCGAUUGCCUUUGGGCUUAUAAGAACACCACCAGGGACCACAAUACGUAUUUCGAAGAACCUUAGAGUUUGUACUGAUUGCCAUACUGCCACUAAGAUUAUCUCAAAGGUUUUUGAUAGAGAGAUUGUUGUUAGGGAUCGGAAUCGAUUCCACCAUUUUAGAGGUGGUUCAUGUUCUUGUAAUGAUUUUUGGUAAGUCAUCCUUGUUUCUGCCAUUUAUGAGUUUUGGAUGUAGACUUUCUACCAUGGUUCA